ACCCUAUCUUGUAGCCAGCCAAUAUACAGUGAAAAUGCCGAAUAUUUGUACCGCGUAAAAAAUUGCAAAAAUAAGAUUAUUCAGCACACAAAAGCUUACAAAAAAGUAAACAAAUAUGGCGGAUGCUGCAGCACGUCAAUUGCAGUAUGAGUACAAGGCGAACUCGAAUCUUGUACUGCAAGCUGAUGUACGUCUCAUCGAGCGUCCGCGACGCGAUGAAGCCACCGGCGAGGUGUGCUCAUUGGUGGGUAAAUUGGAUGGCACCCGUAUGGGGGACCGCUAUCAACGCACAAAGCCGGAGAAAACAGAAGAACGCAAGGUGAAGCGGCAAAAACGUGACGAGGCACAGUACGAUUUUGAGCGUAUGAAAGGCGCUACACUGCUUUCGGAGGGUAUUGAUGAAAUGGUAGGCAUUGUGUAUCGGCCCAAAACGCAGGAGACACGUCAAACAUACGAGGUGCUACUUAGCUUCAUACAAGAGGCGCUGGGUGAUCAACCGCGCGAUAUAUUAUGCGGCGCCGCGGAUGAAAUUCUAGCUGUGCUCAAGAAUGAUCGGCUCAAAGAUCGCGAGCGCAAACGCGACGUCGACAGUUUGCUAGGCGAAGUAACAGACGAACGAUUUGCCCUGCUCGUCAAUCUGGGCAAGAAGAUCACCGACUUUGGCAGCGAUGCAGUGAAUGCGCUUACAGCAGCAACCAACAAUGAGGAGCAAAUUGACGAUGCCUACGGCAUCAAUGUGCAAUUCGAAGAGUCCGAAGAGGAAAGCGACAAUGACAUGUACGGCGAGAUACGCGAUGAUGAUGCCCAGGACGAGGGCGAGGAGGCGCGCAUCGAUCAUACGCUGCAUGCCGAAAAUCUAGCGAGCGAAGAGGCUGCGAGCAAUGUGAAAAAGGAUCGCUUGCUUCAUCCACUGGACAUUGAUGCCUACUGGCUGCAGCGCUGUCUGAGCAAAUACUAUAAGGAUGCUAUGGUCUCGCAGAGCAAGGCAGCAGAUGUCCUCAAGAUAUUAAAAGAUGCCGCCGACGAGCGCGAUUGCGAGAAUCAGUUGGUGCUGCUGUUGGGCUAUGAUUGCUUUGAUUUUAUUAAGCAGCUGAAGCUGAAUCGCCAGAUGAUACUCUAUUGUACCAUGUUGGCCUCCGCACAAACGGACAGCGAGCGGCAGCGUAUACGUGAAAAGAUGCGUGGCAAUAUAGCGCUGGCCAAGAUACUGCGUCAACUAGACACAGGCAAGGCAGAUGAGCAAGAAGAGGCGGAUGCACGCGCCAGCAAGCGUGGAAAGGGCGAUGCCGAUGAUGGCGGUGCGGCGGCUGCUGGUCAAGUGGCCGGUGUGCGUCAACUACUGGAACUGGAUGAGCUGGCCUUUACCCAGGGUUCGCAUUUUAUGGCCAACAAGCGAUGCCAGCUGCCCGAUGGCAGCUAUCGCAAGCAGCGCAAGGGCUACGAAGAGGUGCAUGUACCCGCUUUGAAGCAGGUGCCCUUCGAUGCAGACGAGGAACUGCAGCCUAUUGACAAGCUGCCCAAGUAUGUGCAACCUGUUUUCGAUGGUUUCAAGACUUUGAAUCGCAUUCAGAGCCGUCUCUACAAAGCCGCUUUGGACAGCGAUGAGAAUAUGCUGCUGUGUGCGCCCACUGGUGCUGGUAAAACAAAUGUAGCCCUGCUCACAAUGAUGAGAGAGAUUGGCAAGCACAUCAACGAGGAUGGCACCAUUAAUGCUCAAGAUUUCAAGAUCAUCUAUGUGGCACCCAUGAAGUCUCUGGUACAGGAAAUGGUCGGAAACUUCGGUCGUCGCCUGGCCUGCUACAAUCUUACCGUCUCUGAGCUGACGGGCGAUCACCAGUUGACGCGAGAGCAAAUUGCUGCGACUCAGGUGAUUGUCUGCACGCCAGAGAAGUGGGAUAUUAUAACACGCAAGGGUGGCGAACGCACAUUUGUCAGUCUGGUACGCCUGGUCAUCAUUGAUGAGAUUCAUUUGCUGCACGACGAACGUGGACCAGUUCUGGAGGCGCUGGUGGCACGUACCAUACGCAACAUUGAGACCACACAGGAGGAUGUACGUCUGGUAGGCUUGUCUGCCACGCUGCCAAACUACCAGGACGUGGCCACAUUUCUACGUGUCAAACCCGACAAGGGCCUCUUCUACUUUGACAAUAGCUAUCGGCCAGUGGCACUGGAACAGCAGUACAUUGGUGUCACGGAGAAGAAGGCAUUGAAACGUUUCCAGGUGAUGAACGAGAUUGUGUAUGAGAAAACAAUGGAGCAUGCUGGUCGUAAUCAGGUGCUGGUAUUUGUGCACUCUCGCAAGGAGACCGGAAAAACAGCGCGCGCAGUUCGUGACAUGUGCUUAGAGCAGGACACGUUGGGCAGCUUUCUGCGCGAGGGCUCUGCCAGCAUGGAAGUGUUGCGUACCGAAGCAGAGCAAGUGAAGAACGCUGAGCUUAAGGAGCUGUUGCCCUACGGCUUUGCCAUACAUCACGCUGGCAUGACGCGCGUGGAUCGUACACUGGUGGAAGAUCUAUUUGCUGAUCGACACAUUCAGGUGCUGGUUUCGACUGCCACCUUGGCUUGGGGUGUUAAUUUGCCAGCGCACACGGUAAUCAUCAAGGGCACACAGGUCUACAAUCCGGAGAAGGGUCGUUGGGUCGAGUUGAGCGCCUUGGAUGUGCUGCAAAUGUUGGGACGCGCAGGACGUCCUCAGUACGAUACCAAGGGCGAGGGCAUACUCAUUACGAACCACAGUGAGCUGCAGUUUUACCUAUCGCUGCUAAAUCAGCAGCUGCCCAUUGAAUCGCAGUUUGUUUCCAAGCUGCCGGACAUGCUGAAUGCUGAAAUUGUUCUGGGCACCGUUCAGCAUCUGCAGGAUGCGGUCAACUGGCUAGGCUAUACUUACCUGUACAUACGCAUGCUACGCAAUCCCACGUUGUAUGGCGUUUCGCAUGAUGCGAUUAAAGCGGAUCCGCUGCUGGAGCAGCAUCGCGCAGAUUUACUGCAUACCGCAGCCUGUUGCCUGGAGCGCAGUGGUCUGAUAAAAUACGAACGCAAGACGGGUCACUUUCAGGUCACCGAUCUUGGACGCAUUGCAUCCCACUAUUAUCUUACUCACGAGACAAUGUUGACAUACAAUCAGCUGCUGAAGCAAACUCUUAGUGAAAUUGAACUGUUUCGCGUAUUUUCGCUGUCGUCUGAGUUUCGUCACAUUUCUGUGCGCGAGGAGGAGAAACUGGAACUGCAGAAGCUCAUGGAGCGCGUGCCCAUACCCAUCAAGGAGUCGAUUGAGGAGCAUAGCGCCAAGGUGAAUGUGCUACUGCAAGCCUACAUUUCGCAGCUGAAGCUGGAGGGCUUCGCUUUGAUGUCCGACAUGGUUUUCAUCACACAAUCCGCUGCGCGUCUGAUGCGUGCCAUAUUUGAGAUUGUCCUGACCCGCGGCUGGGCGCAGCUGGCGGAUAAAACGCUGACGCUUUGCAAGAUGAUUGAUCGCCGCAUGUGGCAAUCGAUGACACCGUUGCGGCAGUUCAAGAAAAUGCCCGAUGAAAUAGCGAAGAAGCUGGAAAAGAAACACUUUCCCUGGUCGCGUCUGUACGAUCUGGAGCCACAUGAGUUGGGUGAACUAAUACGUGUGCCCAAGCUGGGCAAGACCAUACACAAGUUCGUGCAUCAGUUCCCCAAACUGGAGCUAUCCACGCAUAUUCAGCCCAUUACGCGAGCAACGCUGCGUGUGGAGCUCACAAUUACGCCCGAUUUUCAAUGGGAUGAAAAGGUGCACGGUCAGUCGGAGGGUUUCUGGAUUUUGAUUGAGGAUGUCGACUCGGAGCUUAUACUGCAUCAUGAAUUCUUUUUGCUUAAGCAGAAGUAUGCCCAGGAUGAGCAUCAGUUAAAAUUCUUUGUGCCCGUUUUUGAACCUCUUCCUCCGCAAUACUUUCUACGAAUUGUCUCUGAUCGCUGGAUAGGCGCCGAGACGCAGCUGCCCGUAUCGUUUAGGCAUCUCAUACUACCCGAAAAAAAUAUGCCACCCACGGAGCUGCUAGACUUACAACCGCUACCCAUCAGCGCUUUGCGUCAGCCCAAAUUUGAGGCAUUCUAUUCGCAACGUUUCCCGCAAUUCAAUCCCAUACAGACGCAGGUCUUUAAUGCGGUCUACAACAGCGAUGAGAAUGUAUUUGUGGGCGCGCCCACGGGCUCUGGCAAAAUGACCAUUGCCGAGUUUGCCAUAAUGCGUUUGUUUAGCCAAAGCAGCGAUGGGCGUUGCGUCUAUCUUGUAUCCCAAGAGGCGCUUGCCGAUCUAGUCUUUGCCGACUGGCAUACCAAGUUUGGCGGCCUGGAUAUCAAGGUGGUCAAAUUGACUGGUGAAACGGGCACGGAUCUUAAGCUAAUAGCCAAGGGACAACUGGUAAUAACCACAGCGGAUAAAUGGGAUGUGCUGUCACGUCGCUGGAAGCAGCGCAAGAAUGUGCAACAGAUCAAUCUGUUUAUCGUCGACGAACUGCAGCUGGUAGGCGGUGAGGAGGGACCUGUUAUGGAGAUUGUCUGCUCCCGCAUGCGUUACAUCAGCUCACAAAUCGAGAAGCAGAUACGCAUUGUAGCCCUAUCCGCAUCUCUGACAGAUGCACGCGACGUGGCCCAGUGGCUGGGCUGCAAUCCAAAUGCCACAUUCAACUUUCAUCCAAGCGUACGGCCCAUACCACUGGAGCUGCACAUACAGGGUUUCAAUGUCACCCACAAUGCCACACGCAUAGCGACCAUGUCCAAGCCCGUCUAUAAUGCGAUACUCAAGUACAGCUCUCACAAGCCCGUAAUUGUGUUUGUUUCAUCGCGUAAGCAGGCGCGUCUCACAGCUAUUGAUAUACUGACGUACGCUGCCUCGGACUUGCAGCCGAAUCGCUUCUUCCAUGCCGAAGAGGACGACAUACAGCCCUUCCUCGAACGCAUGUCGGACAAGACUCUUAAAGAGACCCUCGCCCAAGGCGUUGCCUAUCUGCACGAGGGUUUGUCUGCCUCUGAUCACCGUCUAGUCGAACAGCUCUUCGAUUCGGGCGCUGUGCAGGUAGCUGUUGUCUCCCGGGACUUGAGCUGGGGCAUGAGCAUCUCGUCGCACCUGGUUAUCAUCAUGGACACACAAUUCUACAAUGGCAAGAAUCAUUCGUAUGAGGAUUAUCCCAUUACGGAUGUGCUCCAAAUGAUUGGACGCGCCAAUAGGCCUAAUGAGGAUGCAGAUGCCAAGUGUGUGCUAAUGUGUCAGAGCUCCAAGAAGGAUUUCUUCAAGAAAUUUAUUAACGAGCCGCUGCCCAUCGAAAGUCAUUUGGAUCAUCGCAUGCACGAUCAUUUCAAUGCUGAGGUGGUCACCAAAACCAUUGAGAACAAACAGGAUGCAGUGGAUUAUUUAACGUGGACAUUCCUCUAUCGAAGAUUAACCCAGAAUCCCAACUAUUACAAUCUGCAGGGCGUAACGCAUCGACAUUUGUCUGAUCAUCUGUCGGAGCUGGUAGAGAAUACGCUCAGCGAUCUGGAGCAGUCCAAGUGCAUUAGCGUUGAGGACGAUAUGGACACGCUGCCCUUGAAUUUGGGCAUGAUUGCCGCCUACUACUAUAUCAACUAUACGACUAUUGAGCUCUUCAGUUUGUCGUUGAACAGCAAAACCAAAGUGCGCGGUCUGUUGGAGAUCAUUUCAUCAGCAGCAGAGUAUGAGGAUGUUGUGGUGAGGCAUCACGAGGAGCAGGUUCUGCGCACACUCUCCCAGCGCUUGCCCAAUAAACUAACUGGACCCAAUGAAACAGCACCCAAAUUCAAUGAUCCUCACAUUAAAACUAACUUGUUGCUUCAGGCACAUCUGUCACGUCUGCAGCUAGGACCAGAACUUCAGGGCGAUACUGAGCAGAUACUCAGCAAAGCUAUACGCCUGAUACAGGCCUGUGUGGAUGUGCUGAGUUCUAAUGGCUGGCUAUCUCCUGCUGUCGCUGCCAUGGAACUGGCACAGAUGGUUACGCAGGCCAUGUGGAGCAAGGAUUCUUAUUUGCGGCAGUUGCCACACUUCAAUGCAGAUAUCAUAAAGCGCUGCACGGAUAAGAAAAUUGAAACUGUUUUCGAUAUAAUGGAGCUCGAGGAUGAGGAUCGCAUUCGCCUGCUACAGCUGUCCGAUGUGCAAAUGGCCGAUGUGGCGCGUUUCUGCAAUCGUUAUCCCAACAUUGAACUGAACUACGAGGUGGUCGACAAGGAUCGCAUCAAUUCCGGUUCCACAGUGAAUGUGGUAGUGCAGCUAGAGCGCGAGGAUGAAGUCACCGGCCCUGUUAUAGCUCCAUUCUUCCCGCAAAAACGUGAGGAGGGCUGGUGGGUGGUAAUUGGUGAUCCCAAAACCAAUUCACUGCUCUCCAUCAAACGACUUACGCUGCAGCAAAAGGCUAAAGUCAAGCUUGACUUUGUGGCGCCCAGUCCCGGCAAGCAUGAUUAUACGUUGUACUAUAUGAGCGAUUCCUAUUUGGGCUGCGAUCAGGAAUAUUCAUUCUCCAUUGAAGUGGGUGAUUUUCAAUCGGAAAGCGAAAGCGAAUCCGACUAAGCCCAACAGCAAUGACCCUAACAAACCAAUAAAACUAAAACACAAACAUUUUAUCAAAA